UUCAACAGAUUCGCGGGCGUCUUUUUCGAAUUUUUAUCAGUUGUUGUUUAUCAUUUUGAUUUGCUUCUCUUAUUUGCUUGAAAAAAGAAAGAAGAUGCCGCGUAGGAGAGGGACGAGAAAAAAUCAAACAAGUCGCAUGCGGCCGGUGCUUCCAGAGGGCGAUCUCGACUCUUCAAUGAGCAUCAACGAACGCAAAGCAAAAUUGGACACUUAUUUGAAAGAUUUAAACACGCAAGUUCAAGAGAGAGUGGAAACGAUGAAAGCCAGAGGCUAUGAAAUGAUCUGUAAAGUGAAAGGAGCUUUUUCUUUGGAGAUCUUGAAGCUUCCAAUGAAUAUAAGAAAGAUGAAGCUGAGUGAUUAUGAAGCCCAGGGAGGUGAGGUGAAUGAAACUGCUCUAAAUGAGGCUUCAAAUCUUUUAACUGAAAUGACAAGAUCAGUUUUACAACCAACAACAAAGGCUGCUACAAGAGAUCCAUUUACUGAACUAGGAAACCUGCCUUUGAAAUUCAAUACUCCAUCAGGUAGAUGUUUUAUGAACACUUUGUGUCAUUCCUUGAUAUUUCUUUUUGCUUGUUAA